UUCGGCUUUCAACACAUCUCAUCAAAAUUGGAUACCUUUCUGGUAUGAAAGUAAAAAUGUUUCAAUAAUUGAAAAAAUGAAGUUUACAGUACUCAUCAAGUUGUUUAAAGUUUAUAAAUCCUUUUAUUUUGGAAAGAUAAUCUCAUUCAUGACAGUUACUACGGUUUGUCAUAGUAUUAACCGCCAGAAGAGUCUGUGAAUGGAAAAGUUUGAUGGAUUUUCGAUCGAACGAAGUGAGGUGAUUCCAGUGCAUUUAGAUCAUCGAUUGCCCACUCUGUACAAUGUUUCCUUUUAAAUUUGUAUCCAAUGCAAAGUAUUUUCUAUGACUUAUGAUGAUUAUGCAUACUUUUUAUUCUUCAAUGUGACUUAGCUCACUAAAAUCAUGUUAGUAUAAUCCUGUUAUGCAGACACUGUACGAUCAUGGCAGAUCAUAGUAAAGAGGAACUAGAAAAUCGUUUACGAAGACACAGUACUCCCGGUAGUCAAGAAGAUGUUCGAGAGACGAGUAUUCAAGAAGAGUUUGAUCCUUUCUUGGGAGAAGGCGAUUUCUUUGAAGAAAAUGUUAAUAUUUCCCUGACGGCCCCUCCUCAAUCACAGUGGUAUCAUGGACGCCUUGAUCGUUAUAGUGCUGAACUUCGCUUGCAAGCUGCCAGUAAAUUGGGAAGUUAUCUUAUUAGGGAAAGUGAUCGUAAACCUGGAUCAUAUGUGUUAUCCUACUUAGGCCAUACUGGUAUCAACCAUUUCAGGAUUACUGCUGUGUGUGGAGACUAUUAUAUUGGUGGUAGGCAAUUUGAUUCACUGUCAGAUUUAAUUGGUUAUUAUACAAGCUGGUCUGAUUUGUUGAAAAAGGAAAGACUUGUAUAUCCUGUGCCACCUCCAGAGCCUGUAAAUGAUAAAAAACGAGUUGUUGCAAUACUACCUUAUAAUAAGAUGCCUGAUACUGAUGAAAUUAGUUUCCUAAAAGGGGACAUAUUUAUUGUACACAAUGAUAUGGGUGAUGGUUGGCUUUGGUGUACUCUGCAUCGUACUCAGGAAAGUGGUUUAGUAUUCAAAGAACUUGUUGAAGAAUUGGAUGAUGAUGUUGAUCCGAAUGAGAUUUAUCCUUGGUUUCAUGGAACGAUAAGUAAAGAAGCUGCUGUGGAAAAGCUUGCUAAGAUGGGUCCUGGAAGCUUCUUAGUGAGACCUAGUGAUAAUUCCCCUGGAAACUACUCACUUUUCUUUCAUAUUAAUAAUACCAUUCAACGCUUUCGCAUCGAAAAAAGAGGGAAUCGGUACAUUAUGGGUGGACGAUGUUUUGAUAGUCUAGAAGCUGUUGUGAACAGGUAUAAAGUUGAGCAGAUUGUAGAAGGCCACCAUCUGGGUGAACCUGUUCUCAAAGCUCCUUAUGAAUCCAAAGAACUCAGUAAAGCUGAAGAGAUUCAACAGAAAUCUCAUGAUAUUUAUGCAACACUGAGAGAAAGUCGUGAAUCUGGAAUUGCCAAGCGCAACAAAGGAAUUCGCAUGAAGGGUUACUUGAAUAAAAAGAGUUGUUUUAACCCAGGUCAAGGGAAUCGCAAGUGGAAAAACUUAUAUUUUGUUCUUAGUGCUAAAGAACAACAGCUACUCUUUUUUGAUAACCCUCGUCGCACUAAGCCGAAAGGCUUGAUUGAAUUGAGCUACACUUACUUAUACAUGGUGCAUGACAGCCUCUUUGAAAGACCAAAUUGUUUCCAAUUGGUGGAACGUGCAUUACCUUGUAUAAGUACAAUAUACUAUUUGUGUGCUAGUUCUCCAGAUUUAACGCAGGAAUGGAUUCAAGCUAUCAAACCAUUAUGCUCUCCUCAACUACCAAGAGGACGGGCCCCUACCCACAAUGUUACCGAGGUUCGAAGUUUACACCUGACUCUACUGGAAGCGCACCGUUUACCAGUGAGGCUUGUACCCCACCCUUUUUGCAUAAUUUCACUAAAUCAAGUUAAAGUUUGCCGAACUCAAGUUAAGUGCCCACCUGAUCCUAUAUGGGAAGAAGAUUUUAUUCUUGAAGACAUUCCAUCUGAUAUAACAUCUUUUGUCAUUACUCUUUAUAACAAAGGGAAGCGUUCAAAAGAUAUGGAAAUAGCUGAUGUUACAGUUGAGCUAGAAAAUCUAAUAAGCGGAGAGGAAGUGGAAGACUGGUUUCCCCUUGGUGGUUUGACACCUCCUAUUAGAGAAGACUGGGGCUCAUUGCGUGUCAGAAUUAGAUAUAUUCAUGAAGUUAUAAUGCCAUUAGCUGAAUACAAUGCUUUGAAAGAGCUUAUUAUGGAAGAAGAUUUGGAGGUUGUUAGUGUCUUAGCUGAUCUGUGCCACAGAGAUAGAACGCCAUUAGCCAAUGCUGUUUUGCGAGUAUUUAGGUAUGAAAAGAAAGAAGCAAUGCUCUUGAAGACAAUGAAUGAUAGAGAAAUUCAAUUUGAAGAUACUACUACUUUAUUCCGGUCGGCCUCUCUUACAACAACAUUAAUGGACCAUUAUAUGAGAUCAACUACUAAUGGAUUUUUACACCAAGCUGUACAAGAUUUUAUACUUAAAGUGAUGGAUAGUCGACAGUCUUGUGAGUUGAAUCCAAGCAAACUUGAAAGCCCAAUUGAAGCUUGCACAAAUGCAGAAAAUAUGUUGGGCCUUUUAGAUGAAGUUAUUGAAUCGAUAUUUACCUCUAUUGAUUCAUGUCCAAGGACCUUGCGUUACAUUUGUAGCUGUCUCCAAAAAAGUGUGAUGGCAAAAUGGCCUAAUGAUCCUUUGGUGAAAACUAGAGUUGUGAGUGGAUUUAUAUUUCUUCGAUUGCUGUGUCCAGCUAUUCUCAAUCCUCGCCAGUUUAACUUAAUUAAUGAUACUCCAUCUGAAAUAGCUGCUAGAAGUUUAAUAUUAGUUGCUAAAUGCUUGCAAAAUCUCGCAAAUUUGGUUGAAUUUGGAGGCAAGGUAGUAAAAGAGCCUUGGAUGGAAGUGAUAAAUCCUUUUAUUCUAAAAAAUAAGAACAGAAUGAUAAAGUUCCUUGAUGAUAUAUCGAAUGUUCCAGAAAGACCUGAACCCGAGGAAAUAUUUUCUGGUGAUCCAUCUAGGGAAUUAGCAACUCUUCAUCAUAUUUGUGCAACUCAUAAGGAAGAGUUACAAAAUUUAAGCUUACAGCGGCCUAUUCUCAAGAAAUUGGUCACUGUUACAGAUAUGCUUUCCAAGCAUAAACAGCACUACACUGAAAUGCUGAGAUAGUAUUAUCGCUGCAGAAGUAAUUCCACCAUAUGAAUUUGAAUAGAUCUGAAGGACAACUGUCUAGACUACAUUUCUGUAGGGGAGAAACAAAGGAAGAAAAAAGUAAAUAAACUUUUCUCAGUAUUGCUUAGUUCUCUCAUUAUGUGGCAUAUUACGACCAAUAAAUGCCAGCAGGAUCUGGCUCGAAGAGAAGUGAAGAUUAAUUUCCUAUCAAGCCCAGCUUCUCCAAAUGCCUCUUGCUAAAGGAUUCAGACUGGUU